GUGGCCCGGCCACUCAGCACUACUCUGUUCCCCUCUGGGAUCCGGACGAGUCCCAGGGCUCCGCGGUCGGUCUCGGUGCUCGUGCAGGCUCCUGGUAGAGUUACACAGCUCUGUCGCCGGUAUAGUGAUGCACCACCAUUGACGUUAGAAGGAAUCAAGGACCGUGUUCUUUAUGUCUUGAAACUCUAUGAUAAGAUUGACCCCAAAGAACUUUCAGUAAAUUCCCAUUUUAUGAAAGACCUGGGUUUAGACAGUUUGGACCAAGUGGAGAUUAUCAUGGCCAUGGAAGACGAAUUUGGUUUUGAAAUUCCGGAUAUAGAUGCAGAAAAGUUAAUGUGCCCACAAAAAAUUGUAGAUUACAUUGCAGAUAAGAAGGAUGUAUAUGAAUAA